CUCUGGGAAGCGGCUGCGCUGCGCGGGCGAAUCUUUGCUCCUGGGAAGAUGGCGGCGGCGGAGCCGGGGCAUUAGGGCAAGUGCAGGCUGCGGCCACCCGCUCGGCUGGACGCACAGGCCGGCCCGGAGCUGGUGACUGUCCUCCGUGUGUGACCUUGGCAGGUGGGCACAAUGGACCUGGCUUACAUCUGCGAGUGGGAGAAAUGGCCCAAGAGCACCCACUGCCCGUCGGUGCCCCUGGCCUGCACCUGGUCCUGCCGUAACCUCAUCGCCUUCACCACGGACCUGCGGAGUGACGACCAGGACCUGACCCGCGUGAUCCACAUCCUGGACACCGAGCACCCCUGGGACGUGCACUCCAUCUGCUCGGGGCACAGCGAGGCCGUCACCUGCCUCGAGUGGGACCAGUCAGGCUCGAGGCUGCUGUCUGCUGAUGCCGAUGGGCAGAUCAAGUGCUGGAGCAUGGCCGACCACCUGGCCAACAGCUGGGAGAGCCCCGUGGGCAGCCUGGUGGAGGGGGACCCCAUCGUGGCCUUGUCGUGGCUGCACAACGGUGUGAAGCUGGCCCUGCACGUGGAAAAGUCGGGCGCCUCCAGCUUUGGCGAGAAGUUCUCCCGAGUCAAGUUCUCGCCGUCGCUCACGCUGUUUGGGGGCAAGCCCAUGGAGGGCUGGAUUGCGGUGACAGUCAGCGGCCUGGUCACCGUGUCCCUGCUCAAGCCCAGCGGGCAAGUGCUGACCUCGACGGAGAGCCUGUGCCGGCUGCGUGGCCGCGUGGCCCUGGCCGACAUCGCCUUCACGGGUGGCGGCAACAUCGUGGUGGCCACGGCAGACGGUAGCAGUGCAUCCCCAGUGCAGUUCUACAAGGUGUGCGUGAGCGUCGUCAACGAGAAAUGCCGCAUCGACACCGAGAUCCUGCCCUCGCUGUUCAUGCGCUGCACCACUGACCUCAACCGCCGGGACCGGCUCCCCGCCAUCACCCAUCUCAAGUUCCUGGCCCGAGAUAUGUCAGAGCAGGUGCUGCUGUGUGCGUCCAGCCAGACCAGCAGCGUGGUGGAGUGCUGGUCUCUGCGCAAGGAGGGGCUCCCAGUGAACAACAUCUUCCAGCAGCUCUCGCCCGCCGUUGGUGACAAACAGCCCACGAUUCUCAAAUGGCGGAUUCUGUCAGCCACCAACGACCUGGACCGCGUGUCCGCCGUGGCGCUGCCCAAGCUCCCCAUCUCGCUCACCAACACCGACCUGAAGGUGGCCAGCGACACCCAGUUCUACCCCGGCCUCGGGCUGGCCCUGGCCUUCCAUGACGGCAGCGUCCACAUCGUGCACCGGCUCUCGCUGCAGACCAUGGCCAUCUUCUAUAGCUCCGCAGCGCCCCGCUCCGUGGACGAGCCGGCUAUCAAGCGCCCUCGGACCGCGGGCCCCGCCGUCCACUUCAAGGCCAUGCAGCUCUCCUGGACUUCCCUGGCCCUCGUGGGCAUCGACAACCACGGCAGGCUGAGCAUGUUGCGCAUCUCGCCCUCCAUGGGCCACUCGCUGGACGCGGGGCUGGCCCUGCGGCACCUGCUCUUCCUGCUGGAGUACUGCAUGGUGACUGGCUACGACUGGUGGGACAUCCUGCUGCACGUGCAGCCCAGCAUGGUGCAGAGCCUGGUGGAGAAGCUGCAUGAGGAGUACACGCGCCAGAAGGCCGAGCUGCAGCAGGUCCUCUCUACCCGGAUCCUGGCCAUGAAGGCCUCGCUCUGCAAGCUGUCGCCCUGCGCAGUGACCCGCGUGUGCGAGUACCACGCCAAGCUCUUCCUCAUCGCCGCCAGCUCCACGCUCAAGUCGCUGCUGCGCCCGCACGUGCUCAACACGCCCGACAAGAGUCCCGGCGACCGGCUGACGGAGGUCUGCGCCAAGAUCACGGAUGUCGACAUUGACAAGGUCAUGAUCAACCUCAAGACGGAGGAGUUCGUCCUGGACAUGAACACGCUUCAGGCGCUGCAGCAGCUCCUGCAGUGGGUGGGCGACUUCGUGCUCUACCUGCUGGCUAGUCUGCCCAACCAGGGCUCCCCGCUGCGGCCCGGCCACAGCUUCCUGCGGGACGGCGCGUCACUGGGCGUGCUGCGGGAGCUGAUGGUCGUCAUCCGCAUCUGGGGCCUGCUGAAGCCCAGCUGCCUGCCUGUGUACACGGCCACCUCUGACACCCAGGACAGCAUGUCCCUGCUCUUCCGCCUGCUCACCAAGCUCUGGAUCUGCUGCCGCGAUGAGGGCCCCACGAGCGAGCCGGAUGAGGCGCUCGUUGACGAGUGCUGCCUGCUGCCCAGCCAGCUUCUCAUCCCCAGCCUGGACUGGCUGCCCGUCAGCGAUGGCCUCGUCAGCCGCCUGCAGCCCAAGCAGCCCCUGCGUCUGCACUUCGGCAAGCCUCCCGCUCUGCCCGGCAGUGCCACCAGCUUGCAGCUGGACGGCCUCAUCAGGGCGCCGGGCCAGCCUAAGAUGGACCACCUGCGGAGGCUGCACCUGGGCGCCUACCCCACGGAGGCCUGCAAGGCCUGCACCAGGUGCGGCUGUGUCACCAUGCUCAAGUCACCCAACAAGACCACGGCCGUCAAACAGUGGGAGCAGCGCUGGAUCAAGAACUGCCUGUGUGGGGGGCUCUGGUGGCGGAUGCCCCUCAGCUACCCCUGACUGCGCCCAGGCCCCCGUUGUUUUCGUUUUGUUUGUGGUUUCCUUUGCUGUGCAGAAUGUCAGUGGAUUCCCAAUGGGUUGAAAGGAAAGGCACGCUGUCCCCUUGCUGGUCACAGAGCAGCCACGCACUCCAGACCUUCACUGGGUGCGUGAGACAAUGCCACCCUUGAACUAUGCUUUUCGGCACUUAUCAGCUGCGCCAGCACCUCUGUAACCGGCAGGGCAGGUGAGGACAUGGCCUGAAGCCUCAAGUUGGCACCCUCGGCCCAGCGGGCCCUGCUCUUUCUUCCUCGGAGCCUACUGGCGGAUCCGGGUGGAGGGCCUGGCCGCAUGGCCACCAUAACAGGUGGUGACUGAGACCUGGCCCUGCCCUGAGGAUCUCACUGGCCCGGGUAGAGCCACGGCUGUGUCCCGACCCCUGGGACCCCAGAGCUCAGUGACCGCCCUGGAUUUCCCAGGUCCCAGCUCAGAGGGUCCAGGACAGCUCAGGCCUCUGUCCUUCAGAACAUCCCACACGAACCUGCCGGGUGUCCAGUGGCCACUGUCAGUGACACCAGUCCGGGUGUCUGCUUCGGGUUCCUCACCUGUACCUGUCACUGCUGAGGCCUCGCGACCACCGUCUCUGACCUGGGCAGGCCCAGUAAACGUCCCCACUGGGUGGCCGGUGUCUUGUCGGUGUCCUGGGUGCCACCCGGCAGCCCCCUCGCCCCCGGAGCCUCCCUCCCCCUCCACAGGCAUGUGGUUCCGCCCGUGUGCACUGCUCUCCUGCUCUGUCAGCAUUUAUUGAGCACCUAGUGUCUGCCAGGCACAGGGGUCCCUGCGCGGGGUGGGGGGAGGUAGCGGUGGGCUGGACGUGGGUGGGGGCUGCUCCCCGCCGCUUGGGUUCCUGCGCACAUGAGUGUCUCUGUCUCUGCUUUCCCUCUGCAUCCCUCCCCUCCCCCCGGGUUUCCUGAGAGCUCCGCAGCCCCCAGGGGUCCUGCUUCGCCAGCAGCUGCUUCCACCCAUUAUACCUGGCUCCCUGCGGCCCCGUGCACGGUGCCUGCCUGUUAAGUGGUGAUUGAUUGCUUCUUGUUUUCCUCUGGAGGAGCAAGGGAGGGCGGGCCGGCCAGGCGCCCCGCAGAGGUCGACACGCGGCAGCGGUGUCUGUUGGGCUUUCUGGGGCCGGCAGCGCUCCAGGGGCCCCAUUACCUGGGCCAGGGGCCGCUUCCCUGCUGGCCCGCCCACCUGCGGCAGCAGCACUUGGCGUCUAGGUCCUGCCGUCCGAGAGGUGCUUCUGCGGGGACUUGUGGGGACCCGGAGCUGCUGGCCAUGCCGGGAGGGGUGGAGACACCCUGCCUCGGACUCACCUCCCGUGCUGCUGCCACCGCCUUCUGUCCCCUUGGGGAAAGGGGACCCAGGGCGGCCUCCCUGGUCGGGGGCAUGUGGUCCACAGUCCCACAUAUUUUUUCUCAGCCUUUUUACCCCAUUUGACCAUGUUUUUUUAAAGCAACUUGUGUUUCUCAAGUCAUUUGAAGUCUUUAAACCAGUUAUUUGUCUUAGAAAAAUGAACCUGUUUCUUGCA